AUUCCAUCAAGCACAACAUUACAAUGGCACCGUUGUUUCGGCGAAGACUUUUACUGUGCGAAGCUCGAGGUUCCGAUGAACCACAACCUAGCUUCUGAGGCAGAUGGAUCCGACUAUUCAAUCGUGGAACUUGCGAUAAUCAUGCUCCCAGGAAUCAAUCACACUGCAAACCGUAACUAUUCUGUUGCUCCUUUGAUUGUGAACCCGGGUGGGCCAGGCGGUAGUGGCGUAGAAUUCAUACGCAACUUGGGUCAUGCAAUUCAAGAAAUGGCCGGUCAUGAUCGGGACAUUGUUUCGUUUGACCCCCGCGGCGUCGGAUACACAAAGCCCACUGCUGACUGCUACACAUUUCCUACAUCUGGCAGCUCGUCAGCUCUAGGUGACUCCGAUAUCAUGCGUGGCCAGUUCAACAGGCUUCAGUUUGCCCUAUCCAAUGAAGCUGUUGGCCUUGUGAAUUCGACUGAGAGUGCCCUGAUGCAACGAGACAGCGCUGCACGCGCAGUCGCACAGCUUUGUAAGCAGAAAGAUGACCUUGACGGAAAACGGAGCAUAUUACGACACCUAAAUACUCAAAAUGUCGCGAGAGACAUGUUGUACAUUGUCGACGCAUGGGAUGACUGGCUUGAGACGUUCAAAGCUCAUACGACUCCACAGAUGAAUGACAAAGUCAUGGAAAGGUCCAAAGGGAUGCUGAGUUUUUUGGGAUUCUCUUAUGGGACUCUACUAGGUGCGACGUUCGCUACUAUGUUCCCCGACCGGAUUGGGCGAAUGGUGUUAGAUGGUGUUGUAGACGCUGCAUCAUCCAACAUAGCUUUCGCACCAGGGACGCUUGAGGAUGCGGACACUGUGUAUGACUUGUUUUUCAAGUACUGCGCAGAGGCAGGACCACGCAAAUGCGCGAUCGCGCGAGACGGCGAUCAUGCGCACGAUGUUGCAAGAAGAGUGGCAGCGGCUUUACAGUCUCUACGCGAACAGUCACUUGUUGGUGUACAUGCUGCUACAAAAACCCCCUCGAUCAUCACGUGGAGUAUGCUGAAAGGCGCAAUCUUCGGAUCGCUUUACAGUCCUGUCACUAGCUUUCCGUUGAUCGCCCAGAUAUACGACUACCUUCAUCGCGGCGAUCACAACGCGCUGCAUGCCAGUAUACCACAACUUCACUCAAUGAUUAGGCAACAAUCAUAUUGUUUACCGCCGACUCAGCAUUCCUUCGAUCUUGGGGAUGCGCAAAAUAGUAUCAGAUGCUCUGACCAAAAUCGUCUCAAUGCUACCAUACCCGAGCUCCUGCAGUCAUUCGAAAGCUUGUCACGAGUCUCCUUAUUCGCAGACGUCUUCAUGAAUGUCGGACUCCCUUGCAACGGGUGGUCGAUUCCUUCGAUUGACUCUCCACUAAGGAUGACAGUUCCAGAUGGGUGGAAGGAGACGGGCCAGACUAACACAUCCUUUCCAUUACUGUUUGUGAGUAAUACUCACGAUCCUAUCACUCCACUGCGUGCCGGUAUCAGGAUGGCGCAAAGAUUUUACGGAGCUGGGUUUAUCGAGCAAGAAGGUGAAGGCCACUGCAGCAUUGCUGAGGUCAGUCUUUGUACUGUCUCCAAGGUCCGAGCGUACUUUCGCGAUGGAAUUGUGCCUCCUGCUCCAAGACUGAAGGAUGGCCAGCAUGUCCGAGAAGGAUUAUGGGACAGAUGCGAGACAAAUGAGCGGCCCUGGCAACCU